GUAAACACAUUCCUACUGCUGUAUAACAACAAACCGCUACCGAAUAAAUCAUUGCUUAAAUUCCAAAUUACACUCAAUAAUGGCAGCCGCAGUGCCAGGACGUGCCUUGCACUAUGUAUUCAAGAUCGGAGAUCGAGCAAAGAACGCCCAUUUCUUCCGCCAGAUCCUGGGCAUGAAGGUUUUGCGUCACGAGGAAUUCAAAGAAGGUUGCGAUGCCGAAUGCAAUGGACCCUAUGACAAUCGGUGGAGCAAGACCAUGGUCGGCUACGGACCGGAGAGCUCCCAUUUUGUCAUCGAGCUGACAUACAACUACGGCGUGACCAGCUACGAGAUGGGCAACGAUUUCGGCGGCGUCACCAUCCACUCCACCGAGAUAUUGUCGCGCGCAGCCCAGCACUCGUAUCCCAUCGAGAAGGCGGACGGAAAUGGCAGUCUGCUCACCUCGCCCGACGGCUACAAGUUCUAUGUGAUCGAACAGGCAGCCAAUUCCGAUCCUGUGCAGUCGGUGGAGCUGCAUGUGAGCGAUCUGGCGACUUCGCGCCAGUACUGGCAGCAGCUGCUCCAGAUGCAACCGGUGGCAGAGACCAAGCAGACCCUGUGGCUGAGCUAUGGUGGCCUUCAGGCGGCGCUUCAGCUCACCCAGAUCUCGGAUCCCAUUAAUCGGGCCAAGGCCUACGGACGGAUUGCCUUCGCCGUACCCUCGGCCACGCAACCUCCGCUGCACGAAGCAGUCAAAGCAGCCGGCGGCACUGUUCUGAAGCCGCUUAUCACCCUGGAUACGCCCGGCAAGGCCACCGUAUCUGUGCUAAUCCUGGCCGAUCCCGAUGGUCACGAGAUCUGCUUUGUGGACGAGGAAGGUUUCAGUCAGCUCUCCCAGGUGGAGCCCGAUGGUGAGCAGCGGCUGGACAAGUACAUUGCCAAGGAUCCCUUCCAGCCAAAGUGAUUGAUGCCUGCUCUCUCACAUUUGCAGCAUUUGUACAUAAGAUUUGAUAUUGUUUUUUUUUUAUCUGAAAAUCUGCUUAUAAUCGCGGAUAAACAUGUUGAUAUUUUCCAUGCAAAAA